GAGAGCAAACCCAUUUUUAAUACAGACUAGUUAAAAUUGAUGACUGCGUCUUCGAGGAUGGGCGCUGCUUUAACGAGCCUGGCCUGAGGACAGGUUGUGUGUAGGUGGCAUCAGCUGACCGUUGCUGUUCCUUGUAGCUACGGUUACGUUGUAUAUGCAUGACACUCCGGAUGGUGUGAGAUGUAUGAAUACCACAGACGUGGCCGAAUUUUUGGGUUGACUGGAGAUAUUCAGACUGUUUUGACUGACGUCCUGAGGAAGCGGGCCGCGGUGACGGUGAGCUCCGAAAUCAUCACAAGGGACCCUUUGGCCCGCAUGCUUCCGGCACCCGUAUAAGAGAGGAACAGUUAGGCGAGAGAGCGGUGAGGAAGCUGUCCACAUGCACCCUGCCAGUAUAUAUCACCACUCGCCCACUCACUCGUCAUUUACUCGUGCCUAUAACAGCGCGCACCUCCUUGGAACACAGAAAAGUCGCCCCUCAUUGCCUGAGCCAGUAAUCUCCGGAGCUCUGAGUCAAAUACUGCAGCAGACUUAUUUGUAAUACAGUUUCCGCCAGCAGGAGAAAGUGUUGCGUGAAGGUCGAGGGGCGGACAAGGCGGUCCACCACCGGUCUGAUCCUGGGCUUCCUGUCCUUCCACGAAAAGAUGUUCGCGGGCGCACACUGACCUCCGGAUGACAUUGGAAAACAGCGCAUAAAUACGCGGACGGACGCCUUCCAGGACAGUUACGGCAGGACUUCCAUUCAACGUAGACAAGAUGCGUGUGAGCGUGGUAGCUGUGAUGCUGUUCCUCUCCUGCUGGAGCUCCGUCAGGAGUGACCCAUUUAUGGGUCUGGGGCUACUGGCAGGAGCCCCCAUUGUCGGUGGUGUCCUGGGCCUCGCUGCUCUCAAGGCCAUCGCAAAGUUCAAGUUUGGAGGAGGCAUCAUUGGUAAACGUUCCGUCGACGAUCCUGCCGAGGAGAAAGAGAACGUUUUGCUGUCCACUGUGAGCGAACUCGAUCAAAACGGGUGUAUACGCAAGAUGUUGUGUCAGCUGCAGACGAAGGAGGAAACUUUCCGUACUCCGGAGGAGAAACUUCUCGCCAAGUUGUUCGCCAACACCACUGAAAACAUUACCACAUACAACGCCGCCUUCGUCUACGCCACAGAUAUUGGCUUGAAGACCCGCAACGCUGCCGUGUGCGCCAAGGUCUUCAACAAGUGUCCCCUCGGUGACGCUGAACUGAGCGACCUCCUUCAGGAGACCUGGGGUUGCGGCCUGGGUCUCUCUGACGACCGCAUUGGACAAUAAUCCAUCGUCACCCGGGAACGUGGCGACACGGUUAGCGACGAACUAUUGAUCAACCUGUUUCUCCCCAACCGCACAUUCCCUCACCAGUAGUUAUAAUCUGUAGUUCAUAGUUUUGUCACUGUAGUAUAGGAUGGCACAAAAGAUAUCAUCAGAUGUCAUCACAAAGGAUAUCACAAAAGAUGUCAUCAUACAUUAACAGAUUUUUAUUUUUGUUCUAUAAUUUAUGUUGCGGGUUUUUAAUGUCAUAAUUAUAAGGGAUUUCAAUUUUAUAAAUGUUUGUGUAACGUAUAGCGAGGCUGUAACAUAGGACAUAAGGUUUACCAAUAAACAUAG